GUAAACAUAAGGGUAGAGAGGAGCCUCGGCCGAACAGACAGGAGAGGAGAGAAAGCUGGACAGUGCAGGUGUGCCACUGAAUGGAUGAGUGCAUUAUAGAUGGAAAGCAAAGGACCCUACAGAAUAUAUGAUCCAGGGGGUAGCGAACCAAGCCCUUCCACUAACAAGGGAGUACAGACUUUGAUGAAGGACAACCCAGCACUGAGGGAAAGCAUGGAAGGAAUUAGAAGCUUGGGGGAACUUUUGGAAGAGUCGGAGAAUGAAGUUUACAGGCUCCGUCAGAAGGCUGAAGCUCUGGUAAAAGAUAAUAAGCAUCUACAUUCCUCUUCUGCCAUGGAUUCCCAGCCAUCCUUUCUUGAGGAGACCGUCCUUGGAAGAAAGCUGAGUGCAGGAAGUGAACAGGCAGAAGGGUUACAGAGCCCCAAAAUGACUGAUUUAGAUUCUGAUGUUCAUCCGAAAAGCAACCAGAAAACCCCUCCUAGUGGAACUUCAUCUGAGUUUGAGAUCCUGAAUGCAUAUGAAACAAGAAAGACUCCUGAAAGUAGAAAGUUGGACCCGGGACCCACCCUGCCACAGGAGGAUGAUAACGUGCAGCUCCACUUGCAACGCAUGGAGACCUCUCUUAGUAUGUUUGCAGAAGAGCCUGAUCGGAAGAGCCCGAUUGCUCACAUUAGCCGCCUCGCUCUUGAUUUCAGCCGGCUGGCAAGCAAAGUGCACAAGAAUGAGCAGAAGACAGCGGUCCUGCAGACUCUGUGUGAGCAGCUAAGGAAGGAGAAUGAAGAUCUAAGAGCCAAACUGGAAGCCGACUGGAACCAGAGGACACAGGCUGAGCAAGCCCUUAGAUAUGAAAACCUGGAACUGAAAAAACUGAUCCUGCAAAGUGAUCGAGGGGGUGGGAAAGGAUUCCAUGCUGGUGGUGGAGUAGAUUCUGCAGCACAAGAAGAUGCAGUGAAGUUGGAAAAUCCCGGGAUUCAACAGGUAGCAAAGCUGAUGGAGAAGCCAGCAGUGAAAGAUCCCAGUGUGUCCCUGCUAAAAAAAGUGAAAAUACUGGAACACCAAAGGACAGAGCUUCUGGAAGUGAACAAACAAUGGGAUCAGCAGUUUCGCUCUAUGAAAAUGCAAUAUGAAGAGAAGAUUACAUCUCUGCGGCAAAAGCUCUCCCAGGCAUCAAAGGCUGAAAGUGAGCAAGAAGUAGAAAAGGACCGGAAGCAGCGGGAUUUUGACCGAAAACUUCUGUUAGCUAGAGACAAAAUUGAAGAAAAGGAGUCACAAAUCCAAAAACUAGAAUCUGAGGUACGGGAACUGAAACAGAAGAAUAAGUUUCUUCAUGAGCAACUGAGCUCCACCAGCAAGCAAAGGGAAUACCAGGAACGAGAGAUUAGCCGGCUAAACAAGGCUCUGGAAGAAGCACUGAAUAUGCAAGGGUCUGGACCUUGUUCUCCCUCCUUAAUUGCAUCCCUGGAGGACCCCAGACUCCCCCAGCGGGAGGAACUGCAAAUGCAGAAUGAUAUCCUUAAGCAACAGGUGAAAAUAUUUGAAGAAGACUUCCAGAAGGAAAGGAGAGACCGGGAGAGAAUGAAUGAGGAGAAAGAAGAACUAAAGAGACAGCUGGAAUUGCUACAGACUCAACUGGGCCAGGUCAACACUCAGUUGCGCUCAUGCCAGGAAGAUUUGCGCAGGGAAAUGGAAUCUUCUCGUGACGCUGUAAGGAAACAGGCUUUAGGGGAGAGAUAUAUAGUAGAUCCCCACAUGGGCCAUGUCUGCCCCCCAUACCAAUAUCCGUACAGCCCACCUGGCCUGGUCUAUCCAGCGUUUGAAGACUGGCAGAUCCGUUAUCCCCCUCCAGUGGUUCAUCCCGAGCACUCACAAAUACAGGAUUUGAACAAUGUUCCUCCCCCCGCAUACCCAUGGAGAAUGGCAACUAUCCUCCCCAGAAUGCAGAACUCCAAAAAUAAGAAGAAAGAACAAGAUAUUGCUGGCAGUGGCACACAGAAUGCACCAAGACAGACAUAAAGCGCUACUACGGACAUGAUGCCCUAUGCUGUUGUUAUUACAUCUACACGUAUGUGCUUCUGUAAGGGUAUUAACCCAGAGUGGGCUGGAUCACUUGUAAGGAAAUCCAAAUCCUCUUUGAAACAUAAAAAAGACUGGCUUUGUUGUUUGUGGAUAGAAGAGGGCACAGGAUGCAGGUGGAGAAGAAAGACGGAAUCAAUUCAUUAGGAGCUAAGGUUUAAUAAUUAUUGGGUGUCUAUAUGAGGUGGUUUUCUCCAAGAUUCUGCAUUUGUCAGUUAUAUUAUAUAAUAUAAAUCUUGGUAUGUUAUUAUAAAGCAGCAAUAACCUUCUAUGUGCAAAGGAAUUAUCCUGCUUGUAUAAAUAUACUUAUAUAAAUAGGGUUUAGGUUCCAUUUUUAUUUGCUUUCCCUGGUAAAGAAUGUCUGAAUAGAGCUUAGGUCAGCACUACACCUAAUGUUCGUGAAAAGAAGGUCCUUUUACAUUGCUGCGUUUGUAGAAUUCCCAUAUUCAUAGCUGGAAUAUAUUUUUCAGUGUGGGGCCAAGUUGGGAGGGCAACCAAGGCACGCAACUCUGAUCGUAUCACCCCCCAGGAGCCAACUAUGCCUAGCACCCCCUAUAGUUGUGCCUUUUCUGCCUACCCCUAGUUUAACCCUGAUUUUUUGCAUUUAGAAAGCUCUGUGUGAUUAAAUGGUAUCAUAUCUUAGGGGAAAUAAAUGGAAAAUAAACUCUAUUUAUAAAUAGAUGAUUAACAAUUAAAAUGAUUAGGCAUUAAAAAACUAAUUUUCAUGUUAGAUGAAUGUUGCUAUUAAAAAAAAACCAAUAUAUUUGUGA